UGUUGCUGACAAACAUUUCACUUUUCUCUGCGCGGUCAUUGCACGGGGCGGAGAGAAGUCAUUGCAAUGUAACGUGAUUAACCGGAGGAGCGCAGCGCAGCGCAGGGCAGGAUAGGAAGGAGUGCCCAAGUGACCGUGGAGAUUGAGGGAAGGGGAGAGCAGCGGCACCGCGGCCGGGCACGAUGUUGUCUGUGGCGGUAGCAGCAGUGGCGGGAACCCUGGGCUUACUGUUGCUGCUGCUUAACCUCUGGCAGCCCAGCCUGCGAGCAGAUGCGCUCUUCGUGCUGAGGUUCGUCUGCUUCAGCUUCAAGAUGCUGAGAGUCAACUUCACCAGGAGGAUAGUCACCGUCCUCGACCGCUUCACCCAGCAGGCCGAGGCUAACCCGGCGAAGACCUUCCUCCUCUACGACGGCCAAGCCCACACUUACCUGGACGUGGACCGCAGGAGCAACCAGGUCGCCCAGGUCUUCGCGCAGCCCGGCGCUGGCGUGCGAGCCGGAGACACGGUGGCCCUGCUGAUGGGCAACGAGCCCGACUUCGUGUGCGUGUGGUUCGGCUUGUCCAAGCUGGGCUGCUCGGUGGCCUUCCUCAACACCAACCUGCGCGCACGGUCCCUGCUGCACUGCCUCGACAGUUCCCGCGCCAAGACCCUGAUAGUGGGAGCAGAUCUAAUUGAUGUUGUAGCCGACAUUCUGACAAAUAUGAAGGAGAGCAACAUAGCAGUCUGGGUUAUGGCAAAAAGUUGUACAUACCAAGGGGUGAAUACUCUCACAGAUAAAGUAGAAGAAGCACCUGACACUCCAGUGUCAUCGUCGUGGCAAUCGACACUCAACUUGAAAUCCACUUUUCUUUACAUAUUCACCUCAGGAACAACAGGAUUGCCAAAGGCCGCUGUGAUAAGCCAUCUGCAAUCCUUGAGGGCAAGUGUUGGCUUUUUUAUUUUUGGAGUCACCAAGGAUGAUAUCAUCUAUAUUUCACUCCCUCUGUACCAUGGUUCAGCCUCUCUCUUAGGAAUUUGUGGUUGUAUUGAGCUAGGUGCAACAUGUGUUCUAAAGAAGAAAUUCUCAGCCACCCAGUUUUGGAAUGAUUGCCGGAAGUACAAUGUUACAGUAUUCCAGUAUAUCGGAGAACUGUGUCGCUAUCUGUGCAAUCAACCACAGUCAACAAAUCAGGUCAUCAUCAUCCCUAAUUUGUACAGCAACAGUGAUGUCGUUGGUGAAUUUGAAGAUGGAGGAUGCAACAGAAGGAAAUAUCAGGGUAUGAAUUACACAGGUCAAAGUGGGAGCUGUGGGACGAAGCACAGUGCAGUUUCAAUAAGAACUAAAUAUUUAUUCUGGAAUUGCUACUCUUAUCCUGCGUCUGGUGUAAUAAUAUUAAAAAUAAAUUCUUCCAAUCAUUUUGUUCAGACAUUUCUAGCUUAUAAACUGGUGAAAUAUGAUGUUCAGAAUGAAAAGCCCAUAAGGAAUGAUCAAGGAAGAUGUGAAAUCGUUAACAAAGGUGAGACUGGACUCCUCAUAUCUUCCGUGACUAAGUUGAAUCCAUUCAGUGGUUAUGCUGGAAACAAGAAGUUUUCAGAACAGAAGCUCUUCAGAGAUGUAUUUACAAAGGGUGACGUGUACUUGAAUUCUGGAGACCUGUUGUCUGAGAGCGAAGAUGGCUAUAUUUACUUUCAUGAUCGGAUUGGGGACACCUUUAGAUGGAAAGGAGAAAAUGUUGCAACCACAGAAGUGGCUGAAGUAAUUGAAAUGCUGGACUUGGUGGAAGAAGCCAAUGUGUAUGGCAUAGUUAUUACAGGAUAUGAAGGCAGGAUAGGAAUGGCAGCAAUUAUCCUGAAACCAGAUCAAAAGUUUGACGGGAAUAAAGUAUAUAACCAUGUGGUGAAAUAUCUGCCAAUCUAUGCUUACCCACGCUUCCUAAGGAUCCAGAAAACCAUGGAGAUGACUGGAACGUUCAAGAGGACAAAAAUCAAUUUGGUAUUAGAAGCAUUUAAUCAUAAAAUAAUAAAUGACCCCUUGUAUUUCCUGGAUACUUCUGAGAAAUCUUACAUUUCUAUGACGGAAGAAAUAUACAACGAUAUUUUGUCAUUCAAAAUAAAAUUAUGAGCCAUAUUCAAAUUUAGUGAAUUUUGAUAUUAUGAUCACAGAAAUCCAAAGUGUUCAUAUGAUCAGCAUUAAUUUUAAUAGCAAUUGUACUUUAUCAACAUUUUAUCAGAAGGUGUAAUUUUGCAGGAUUUUUUAAACUUGUACAUAUGUUUAACUUGUGGUUCAGUAACAAACUGUAUUCUUGAUAUUAAAUACAUUUUAAAAAUAGUUAAUAAACUGUUUUAAUAA